UGUGUGGGCUUAGUCGGGCUUAGUAUGGCUUUAUUUUAAGGGCCAUGAUGAAUGAAAUCAUAGAUAGUAGAGGAAAUCGAGUGGAAUGGAGGGGUCUAUUUCUGAAAUGAAUAUCAAGUCUUGUUCCUUGCAUUCAGUAGUAGUGUAUAAAGACAGGGCAGAGGUGAAGAGGAAUGUCUCUGUAUUUCUUAAAGCUGGAGAGACUGAACUGAAACUCACUGGCCUAUCAAAAUCAGUUGACAGUGACUCCAUUCGUGUUGAAGGCUGUGGUAAUGCUACCAUUGUUGAUGUAAUUUAUGAGAUGAGUGAAGAAAAAUCCUCUGAUGCUGAGCAGAAGAAUGAAGAAUUCCAGUCAUUGGAACGAGAGCUGGAAGAGAAAGAGAAAGAGCUGAGUUUUAUUAAGUAUCGUCACACCCUGAUUGAGCGCCAGAAAGGGAUGUUGAAAGAAAUUGCUGAACAUGUGACAUCUGAGAAAAAGAGUGAUUCUGACAAGGUGGAUGUACAUUUUCAGUCUAACUUGAGUCCAGUGUCUAUUAAAGGAGUGAUGAUCUUCAUGAGGAGGUAUGAAGACAAGAUGGCUGAUCUGGACGAGCGUUUGUUUCACCUCAACUCUCACGAAAAGAAGAUGGAGGCUGAGAUUGGGGUUUUGAAAGAAAAGUCUUCUCAACUUAUGGCCAAAUCUGGUACUGGGAAGGAAACAGUUAGAAGUGUCCGUAUAGUUCUCAAAGCUGCAGAGGAUUCUGAUGUUAUCAUUAUUGUUUCUUAUGUCAUCAACAAUGCUUCCUGGUCCCCUCUAUAUGAUGCAAGGGUAUUCACUAAAGACAAAACCAUGAAGCUUCAUUACUAUGGUUUAAUAAAGCAGUCCACAGGAGAGGACUGGGACAAUGCCAGUAUAUCCCUCUCAACUGCCCAGCCUGAUAUUGGAGGAUCACCUCCUUCACUUGAAGUGCACCACAUUGGAUUUGAGAGAGCACGAUUUGUUACACGAGGAAAAUCUAGAGGAGUGUCACUUGGCAUGACAGCGAUGUCACUGUCAAGUGCAUCAUCCAGAGUCCCUAGAAAUAGAAGGCAAGCUCCAGACAUACAUGAAUAUGGUGAGCCUCAUAAAGACUUAUUUUCUGGUUCUGCUCCUCGCCGGUCUGCUCCACUUGAAGUUGAUGAAUCUAAGGUUGCUACAGGUCAGUUAUACAAUGCUUCAUUCACUAUCCCACGUACUGCCUCCAUACCGUCUGAUAACACUGAACAUAAAGUAACAGUUGCUAUUAUUGACUUGGAGCCUGAUUUUAGCUAUACUAGUGUGCCAAGGCUCUCUUCCUCUACUUUCUUGCAAGCAGCUGUAAAGAACUCUUCAGAAUACGCUUUGCUUGGUGGACCAGCUAAUAUAUUUCUGGACAAUAACUUCCUCUCUAAAUCUACUAUACCCAGUACAUCACCCAAUGAGGAGUUCACUACUAGCCUUGGUGUUGAUGAUAGCAUACGUAUUAUUGUACAACCAAUGAACAUAGUCCGGGGAACAGCUGGUCGUAUUAGUAAGAAUAAUCAUUUGAUGUACAGAUUUGUGUAUAUUGUGAAGAACACUCAAGCUAAUGUAGCCAAAGUGAAAGUAUUAGAACAAAUACCAUUGAGCUCUGAUGAUAAACUGAAGGUCGUGGUUCAUGAUCCUGAAUUGAAGAAACCGAACAUCAAUGUUCCCUUUUCUCAUGGUCACUGUGUCCUCAAUGAUGAUAAUAAUAUCGAGUGGCAUUGUACUAUACCACCAGACACAUCAGUUGAGCUCUCUCUUGUGUAUAGUAUAGACUUUCCUCCCAAUGAUAUGGUAACUGGACUCCCUAACUGCUGAACAAGGAACAAAUUUUAAUUCUUUAGUAGUAUAAUAAAUUUUUAGUUUUUAGCAUUUUUUGUUAGUUUCUCGUAUAAA